AUGGAGAUGAAGACCAGCAUACUGCUUCUGGCCCUUCUUCGGCUCGCCAGCGCGCUCGAAAACACGAACGAGGAGGACGACACGGAGGAGGACGACGAGGAGAAUUAUCCGGUGGAUGACUAUGACUACGGUGACUAUGAAACCGCGACUAGAACCAGCGACACCGAUCUUAUCGCUGGUGGCUCGUUGCCGAUCUUCUUGGCGGAGCCUGUCGACACGUUCGUCGUCAAGGGGAAACCAGCUACCCUACACUGCCGCGCUGCACAUGCUCUUGUGGUGUAUUUUCAGUGCAACGGUGACCAGGCGGAACGAUCGCAGCACCAGGAUUUCGUCGACCCUCGGACCGGAACGAGGGUCGUGGAGGUCGAAUUGAACGUGACGAGGAACGAGGUCGAGGAGUACUUCGGCAGGGAGAGGUUCAAGUGCGAGUGCGUGGCAUGGUCGGGACCAGGUCAGAUCCGAGGGCAGCCAGCCACAGUUGAGGUCGCCUACCUGAAGAAGCACUUCCUGUCGCCGCCGUAUUCGUUGUCGGUCGAGGCGGGUCGGAACGCUGAGCUGCGAUGCUCGCCGCCCAUGGGAAUCCCACAGCCGAAAGUCUACUGGCUGAAGAAUGGCUCGCCCCUGGAGACGAUCACCACCUCGACGACACCUUCCCCCGUCCAAGGUGGCAUACCGAACGAUCUGUCGUUCGCCGGGAACUUCCUGCAAACCGUUGAAGGACACCUGAUACUCGGCGAGGCCGAGCUCAGGCACCAAGGGAAUUACUCCUGCGUCGCCGAGAACAUCGCUGCGAGGCGGGUCAGUGAACCGGCGGUGCUGACGGUUUACGUGAACGGCGGGUGGUCUUCCUGGUCCGGAUGGUCGGACUGCAGCGUCCGUUGCGGCCGAGGUGUACAAAAGAGGACACGGGCUUGCACGAACCCGGUGCCCAUCAACGGAGGGCAGAGCUGUCCCGGGCCGGCCACUCAAAGGGUCGAAUGCAAUCCUUCCUGUCCUGCGGUCGACGGCAGAUGGUCAAGCUGGUCCUCGUGGUCCGCAUGCGGUCCCGAUUGUUCCAGAGCGAGGAGGAGAUCCUGCAACGACCCCCCGGCGAGCAAUGGUGGUCGUCCCUGUCAGGGCAAGGACGUCAUCGUCGAGUCUUGUUCCGCGGAUCGAUGUAAUGCCCUCGGACAAGACGGCCCACGAGUCUUCAAGGAAGCAGCUCGAUCGAUCGAUCAUAGAAACAUACUCGCCCUCUGGAUCACACUGAGCCUUGCUGUGAUCAUUCUGGCGUUGACAACCAUCUUCUUCGUUCGACUGAUGCGUCGGAAAGAGAGAAUGGAACCACUGUACGGCGUCGCGAGAUUAGACUUCCGGCGACCCGGUGACCUGACAAAGUCGGUCGUCUCGAAGAACAACCGGUCGGUUCUGUCUGUCGAUAGACGUCUCGAGCAGGUGAUAGACGAGUCGAACGCGGCCAGAAUGCCUAGGUCUUGCUCGGAGCACCAUUACGACGUGCCUCAGCUAUCUUUGCCCUCUACCACCAGGCCGUCACCGAGUUCAUCCGUGACCAGGUCUUCCUGUAGGAACUCCCAGCGUGGUCGAGGAUUGUCCGACAACGAGGAAGGUCGAUCGUCCCGUUCAACGUGUCACGCGAACGCUGAGAGCACCAAUGAAGACGACGACGAUCACGACGAGGACGAUUUACUAGAUGAUGAUAAAAGUCAAGGAGAUUCGGGUGGUUUCAUCGUUAGAGCGAUAGUAGACGAGCAAGGUUCCCUGUUGGUGGUUCCUGAGGUUGGAGUCUCCAUGUCUGUCCCAGAAGGAGCAGUUCCCCGAGGUCGUCGACACAGUUUACACUUAGCUGUUCUUGGAGACGACUAUCUUAGGCCAGGUCUUCCGCCUGGUCUGACUUUGUUGUCAGCUGUGGUAGCCUGCGGGCCGAGUGACGUCGACCUGGUGAAGCCCGUGAUUCUUCAGUUCGAGCACUGCGCUGAACUCAGGACAGAUAAUUGGGAGCUGAGCCUCUGGUCCACGGACCUCGACCUGGAGACACGGUCCAGUAACUCCACGAACUCGUCCACAAGCUCGAACGUUACGUCCACGAUGAUGUGGCGGAAGAUCCUGACGCUGGGCGGAGAACCGAUCAAUCUUCCCGGACAACCUUUCGCACAGCUUGAUCACACCGGGGUGUUCUUGGUCACCGAGACGCCCAGCGCCUACGCAGUAGCUGGUGAGAACUCUUCUGUCGCUCCUGGACUGGCGGUGAAGAGGAUCUGCGUGGCUGUCUUCUUGUCGCGAGAGAGAGAUCACGUCAGGUGUCAUCUGAUCGAAGACACAAAAGCUGCGUUCAAGCUUCUGGUGGAUCGGGAACGUCGUCUGGGCGGAACUCGCGUGGACAACGGAACCCUAGGCUUCAGAGCAGGCGGAUCGCCUCUUCGUAUCGAACUAGAGGAUAGAGAAAGUGGAUUCGUAGAACGCCAAGAGGUUCCCCAUCGUCGAAUCUGGUCGUCGACGAGAACCAGUAUAAAGCGAUCCUUCAGGAUCGAGAAAACCGUUGGCGAGAUGAGACUGAGUUUCGAGCUACGCGCUAGCCAAUGCGGUUUCGAUGAGCACGCAUUGUUCCUGAGGAUCGACCUCGAUUUCAUGAAAAGAAACGGGUCCAGCGGGAAGAGAUCUACCAAAACAGAGUCGUCGAUCGUGUUACGCGGGAAGAACUCCAACAGGUCGACGGAAUCUGUCGUUCCGAGACCAUUCAGAUUCUCGAAAACGCUGAGGAAACAGCUCUGCCAGUGUCUCGAUCCGCCAAGCGCUCGGGGCAAUGAUUGGAGAAUGUUAGCACAAAGGCUGCAAGUAGACCGAUACGUCGAUUACUUCGCGACGAAAGCGAGCCCCACGGAGCACAUCCUGGACCUCUGGGAGGCGAAACAUCAGGAGGCCACUGCCCUCGCGGACCUCCUGAACCACUUAAGACUGAUGGGACGCGUCGACGCUGCCAAUGUUCUCGAAAGUCGCCUCGGACCGUGGAUCUGA